AUGCCGCCAAAAAUUCCACUUCCAGCAGUGCUUAGUUCGCUCUCUUCAAAACAGCAGACUGAUAGAGGUUGGGGCGACAUUGCCUCAUAUGGCCAUCCAACGCAAGAAUACACUGAAAUAGAUCGAAUGGCAAAUGAAGGUACACGAUUCACUCAGGCUUACUCGGCAGACAGCAUGUGUAGCCCUAGCAGAGCCGGGUUCAUGACU